AUGGAGUUACUCUUGAGUGGAUCCAUUCCUUUCUUUCAAGUCCCAUAUUCUCUGUCGGAGUCAACUGCUAAAAUACUGGUGUUGUUUCGAAAUCCUCAAGAUACCGCUGCAUCGUUUUUCCAUUUCUUAAAGAACAUCUCAGACAUCCCCAGUUAUAAUUCCUGGGAUGAGUUUUUCUCAGAGUUCAUGAGUGGAAAAGUCACCUGGGGUUCCUAUUUUGACCACGUGGUUGCAUAGAGCAAACACAUUGAGGAUGAAAAUGUUAUGAUUAUAACAUAUGAAGACCUGAAAGAGAACUUGGCUUCUGGAGCAAAGCAAAUAGCUGAAUUCUUUGGAUUUCUCAAAGCAGAGCAGAUUCAGUCUACUGCAGACAGGGGAAACUUCCAAGUGAUGAGAAAAAAAUCCCAGGAGAUCUAUGGCUCAGUUGGUCCGAUUCUCUUCCGUAAAGGUGCUGUUGGAGAUUGGAAGAACCUUUUUACUGAAGCUCAAAGCCAGGAAAUGGAUGCUAAAUUUAAAGAGUGUUUAGGGGGAACCAAGCUGAAAGCAAAUCUGAAGUAUGAUGUGUACUGCAAGGCCUGAGAAUGGUUACAGAAAAGUCUCACUUUGAUAUGUUUUUUUUAAUUUUAUUUUUUAAAUAUACUCUAAAAGGAAUAGUUUAAAUCAGGACGAAUAUCUCAGUUGUAAUUUGUAACUUGUUAGUGUAAGAUUAAAUUUCUACUAAGUUUGGUUCUGUUGUAUUAUCAGAAUACAGGCUUCAGUUCGGUAAACCACUUAAGCACAUGCUUAAUUUUAAGCACCUGCUUCAAUCCCAGUGUAGUCAGUGGGAUUACUCAUAAAUUAAGCAAGAGUUUAAAUGUUUUGCUGACCAGAGAUAAGAUUACUUGCACCACAAUUACUGCUGUAAUUUAGGACACCUAGAUACCAGAAAGACUUAGCCAAACUGGGGAAAAUUCAUGGAAGAGCAACAUAAGAGAUCAGGGAUUUAUAAGGAAUGAAAUAGUGUAACUAUGCACUGUGGAGCGUUGUAUUCCCAUUAUCAUAGUAGAACAGAAAGAGUGGAAUUGAUUAGGGUGCUUAAAUAAGUAGGAAUAAUGGGAUGACAGUGAGGAAAGAAAUGUUUAGAGUGCAUAUCAGAAAACAUUUCCUUAACCCUAACUGUGGAAGUGUCCCAACAGGUUUCUACAGCUUCUCAUCACGUGCAUGAUUUUAAAACUAGAUUGGAGAAAGCACUUGAGCAUGUACUAUAAAGAACAAUUAUAUAGAGGCAGUGGGAUGGAUGAGACCUGCUCGGCUUUUUCCAUCUCUGAUUUCUAUAACUCAAGGAGUUAUCAGUCCAUGCUCACUGAUGAAAAUGAGCUAUGUUUCUAAUAUUAUUAAAAUGUACUUUGGGCCAGAUUGUGCCUUUAGACACAUACCCUCAAGAGUCAUCCCACCAAAGCACAAUUCCUCCCCUGCUCCACUUUUGCCUCAGGUAAGGAAUAAAUUACAUCAGCCCUUGAAAGGGUGAAGUUUACUUCUCCCUCUUGCACCAAGCCAACUAUUCCAGCCUGUGAGGGGGGAAGGGGUAGAGCUAAGACUCCAUCCCCUUAUGUCCAUUUUCUUGAAGCAGCAAGUAUCUGAGGGCAGAGUCUGAGCUCCACAACAAACCAGACCCAAGUUCUAGCUAGGCUGGGGAUGGAUGGGGCCUUAUUUGCUCAAUUGAGUAAGACAAGGGCAUGGUCUAACCCUUUGCAUAUGCAUUAAUGUUGAUUAAUUGCAUAGUACGCUACAGGCCUAUAACCUUAAAUGUAUAUUAAAGGUAAUAUAUGCACAGUUGGUUUGUGAACUAUCAAUUCCAUGUGAUUAGUGCCAUUGAGUUCAAUGGGAGUACAGUAACUCCUCGCUUAACGUUAUAGUUAUGUUCCUGAAAAAUGCGACUUUAAGCGAAACGAUGUUAAGUGACUCCAAUUUCCUCAUAAGAAUUAAUGUAAAUAGGUGGGGUUAGGUUCCAGGGAAAUGUUUUUCACCAGACAAAAGACUAUAUUAUAUAUAUAUAUAUACACACACACGGUAUAAGUUUUAAACAAACAAUUUAAUACUGUACACAGCAAUGAUGAUUGUGAAGCUUGGCUGAGGUGGAGUCAAAGGAUGGAAGAGUGUGGGAUAUUUCCCAGAGAAUGCCUUACUGCUAAAUGAUGAACUAGCAUUCAGCUGAGCCCUCAAGGGUUAACACAUUGUUGUUAAUGUAGCCUCACACUCUACAAGACAGCACAAAUGGAGGGAGGGGAGACAGUAUGGCAGACAGAGACACACACCGUGUGUGUGUGUAUGAGAAAGAGAGAGAUGCAUAUUGCCCCUUUAAGCACGCUGUCCGCACUCUAAGUACUCUGCCUUUUUAAGUAGAUCAGCAAGUUGAGACAGCAGCUGCGGCCAGCAAGCUCUCUCAGUCCUGAGCCCUGUCGUGUCCCCACCCUGCUCUAUAUGGAGAAGGGGUAAGCGGGAGGCAGGAGCAGGGGGGAGGGGGACACCCUUACAUUAGCCCCCUCUUCCCUCUCACCCCGUCCUCUCACAGCAAGCAGGAGGCUCCUGGGAGCAGCUCCAAGGCAGAGGGCAGGAGCAGCGCAUGAAAGCGGGGGGAGGGACAGAUGAAUUGCUGGCAAUUGAUAGCCUGCUUGGCGGCUGCCGCACAGGGAACUUAGGGGAGCAGGGAGCUGAUGGGGGGCUGCCGGCACACCCUGGUUCCAAGCACCCAGCAGCUAGCUGCAACGGGCUGCUCUUCCUGCAAGCAGUGGACAAAGCAGGCGGCUGCCAAACAAGGUUAUAAGGGAGCAUUGCGCAACUUUAAACGAGCAUGUUCCCUAAUUGAUCAGCAACGUAACAACGUUAACCGGGAUGACUUUAAGUGAGGAGUUACUGUACUUGGAUGAGCAAGGAUUGUAGGGUCUGUCCCUGUUUUUUAAACUCAUUUUAGCUGCAAUGUGUUGUUUGGUAGAAUUCUGUGUAGAAUGCAAUAAAGUAAG